AUGAAUCCGAUGGCGAUCUAUGGGCUUGACGGCGGUAAUUGUUGUGCGCUGGCGGCUGCUGUCGCGAGGACAAUUGUGGGCCCAGAUGCCUUUUCCGGCCCGGAGCUGCCGACGUGUCUUCGAAAUAUCACACCUGGCCGAUCACGCGACGGCGUAGCCGAUGACAUGGCCACUAAAUACACCGUGGCAGAUGACGAGGCACAGAGGGGCGGAAAACACAAUAAAAUUUGGAGAAAUCUUUCGAACACGCUGAAAAUCUGUUCUUGGCGAGAUAAAUCUCAUACGUACAAUAUGUCUUUUGUGAUGGGAAGUGUUGAUUGCUAUUGUGGUCGUAGGGCUGUGAUACGGACCUCAUGGACGACCGAGAACCCUGGUCGGCGCUUCCAGGCUUGCUUGAAGAACGAGGAAGAAGGAGGUUGUGUUUUCUUUGACUGGAAUGACCCCCCAAUGUGUCGUAGGGCUAAAGCAUUAAUUCCUGGACUUUUGAAGAAGAUGAAUGCAAGUGAAGAAGAGAUUUUGAAGCUGAAGACAGAGACACUAGCUUAUGUAAUGAAUGUUUGA